AUGCCUCGUCUGAUUGGGAUACAGUUGAUCGGAUUCACAGUACUUCUGCAGUCAUUACGCAGUACGACGGGUGAUUGUGUUGAAGCCACCAAUGUAACCUGCCUCGCCGCGUGCCGUUGUGAGUUCUGCAUUAUUUCCAGAGAGUCGUGGGGAAACUUGAAACUAACAUGUAAAGCAGAGUCUGGCAUUGAAUUAGAGAAGGUGAUAAAACAGGUGCCUUCGGAGACGGUUUUGUUACACCUAGAAAGGAACAAACUCUCUAAGAUUGACGGAGGCACGUUCAGACAUUUGAAAAAACUGGAAAGACUGUACAUUGCUAACAACAAACUGGACGGUAUGCAUAUCGACGACUUGGCAUUUGACGGACUAGAAAAUCUGCAGCAUUUGGAUUUGUCGUCUAACUCACGGCCCGGUAUAACAGUCGGUAACAGCGAGUGGUUUAAACCUUUAAAACAACUGCGCAUUUAUCAAUGCGAGAGUUGA